CCUCAACGGCUGCUGCUUCUUUUCGGGUCCGUCUGUGUUGAUAGCGGCUUUUGCUUCCACACGUGCAAUCAUUCCUAUGUGAAUCUCCGUCUUUCGGACCCGCUGAUCAACUCGUCCUGCUCUGUCAGAAUAGGUGUAAAGACAUAGAAACCGACAACCAUGGGAGCAUAUCUGUCGCAGCCUAACACGACCAAGAGCUCUUCCGAUGGCGGCAACAGCAGCAUGAGCUACGGCUUCUCUGCCAUGCAGGGCUGGCGGGUCUCCAUGGAGGAUGCUCACAAUUGUAUCCCAGAGUUCGAUGAGGAGACGGCCAUGUUUUCUGUGUACGAUGGACACGGAGGUGAAGAGGUGGCUCUGUACUGUUCAAAGUACCUUCCUGACAUCAUCAAGGAACAGAAAACCUACAAGGAUGGCAAACUUCAAAAGGCGCUGGAGGAUGCCUUCUUGGCUGUCGACAGCAGAAUGACCACAGAGGAAGUCAUCAAGGAGCUGGUCCAGAUCGCUGGACGACCCACUGAGGAGCCUCCUGCUGAAAAGGUGGCAGAGGAGGACGACUUGGACACAGAGGAGGCAGCUUUGCUCCACGAGGAGGCCACCAUGACCAUAGAGGAGCUGCUGAUUCGCUAUGGCCAGAACCGCAAUGCUGUCAAACAUGCUGCGGCCCUCAGUGCCGCUGCUAAGAAGGCGUCCUGCCCGCAUCCCGAGGCCUCGACAGGCAAAGGAGAAAGUGUUGACGGACCGAAGAAAGAGGGGCUGAACGGAGAGGUGGAGGAGGAGAGCAACGGGAAAGUGAAGGAGGGCGAAGGAGCAUCGUGCGGGUCCAAGCUGCGAGCCUGUCGAAGAACAGGAGCAGGUGAAGGCAGUGGAGCAGCAGCCGACUGUGGAGAGUCAGGAAGCUCCAAUGGAGAAGAAAAGGCCGGAAAGGCAGAAGGAGAUGCAGGUCCUUCCUGCUCCUGGUCCUCGAAGGCUGCAGCACAUUCCAAGUCGAGGUUCUUUGAUGACAGCGAGGAGUCAGAGGAGGGAGAGGAGGAGGAGGAGGGCAGCGAUGAAGAGGAUGGCAGUGAAGAGGAGGAGGGAGACAGCAGUGAGUUGGAAGAAGAGGAGGACACAGAGGAGGGAGAGGAAGACUCUGAGGAUGAAGAGGAGGAGGAAAUGUGUCUGCCAGGGAUGGACGGCAAAGAGGAGCCCGGCUCAGACAGCGGCACCACGGCUGUCGUGGCUCUGAUCCGAGGGAAGCAGCUGAUCGUGGCCAACGCUGGAGACUCCCGCUGCGUUGUGUCUGAACGCGGCAAAGCUGUCGACAUGUCGUACGACCACAAGCCAGAGGACGAGGUGGAGCUCGCUCGCAUCAAAAAUGCUGGUGGGAAAGUGACCAUGGACGGACGAGUCAACGGUGGACUGAACCUCUCCAGAGCUAUCGGUGACCACUUCUACAAGAGGAACAAGAGUCUGCCACCAGAGGAGCAGAUGAUUUCCGCGAUGCCCGAUGUCAAAGUUCUUACUCUCAACGAGGACCACGACUUCAUGGUCAUUGCCUGCGACGGUAUCUGGAAUGUGCUCAGCAGUCAGGAGGUGGUGGACUUCAUCAGUGAAAGGAUCAAACCCGACCAGAGUGGCAAAGCCAGACCUCUCUCAUCCAUAGUGGAAGAGCUGUUGGACCACUGUUUGGCCCCCGACACAUCUGGAGACGGGACGGGAUGUGACAACAUGACCUGCAUCAUUGUCACCUUCCGGCAACACCCGUCCCCCACUCAGUCAGACGACACAAAGAAGAGGAAGCACCAGGAGGGGGCAGAAGGGACUGAGUCGGAGGAGAACGGAAACGACAGCAAAAAGGCAAAAAGUGACUAAAAGAAGAGAGAAACUAUCCCAGAGGGAGCAGCUGGUCUAAGGCUACCCCAGAUACACCAGAGACACAUUCUGUUCAAAGUUAAAACCUUACCUCACAGACAACAUUUCACCCUGAAACAGACAUCACAAAGGCUAUAUACAUGCUCAAAGAUCAGCUGAACUAAGACCAUCACUAUAGUGUUUGUGCUCUGUUCUGGGUGGAGUUUCACUUUAACACACCCUGCAGUUGUUUCCUUCAAUUGGUCCAGUUGGAACAAAAAAACUGGACACACUUUUAGUUCUUAAAUUCAAAAGAGGCACCACUCACUGGCAUGCUAAAUAGCACAGCAGUUUCCAUGUAUUUGUAACUCGUAGGAGGCUGCAGAAGGAACCGGUCUACAGAGAUUGGUGUCCUUUUUCUUUUUUUUCUCUCUCUCUCUCUCUCUAAACAUUUUCAAGGCGCCUCAUCUUCCCUGCAGACACGCGCUGCACUCUCAUUGUUAAAAUCACUUCCCAUGUGACUGCUUCAGUUUGCUUCAGCAACAUUUUGAGGAUAGUUCAUGGAGUCACCUGUCUGAUCGCUGUGUCUCUUCACAUGCGAUCCCAUUGCGGCUUCGCAGUUUUAAACAUGCAUGCUACUAUUGAGACAAGCUGCACAAUACUUUUAAGUGUUGCGCCAACAAAGUGCCAUAAAAACUAUGGAUUCCUUUUUAGGCACUGUUUCACAUUCUCCUUUAAGUGAAAACGGAGAAAAAGACCUAAAAUGGCUGCGAUUGGCUUUGCGUAAAGGUAACCUCAGAAGAAUUAAUGGAGGAUAUUAUUGUCCCGUGAAACCUAAAUUGAAGCUUCACGAUGCAGUGAGAAUGAGUGUGCUAGUCUAGUGUUGCACUGAAUGUGUUGGUACCCUGUUUCAGGCUCCUCUCUGAUGUCAAUCUCUCAACCUGAGUUCGUCCAGGGGGCAGUUUCUGUGAGUCACUUUGACUCCACCUAUAGAAAGAGAGGAACUGAUGGAUUUGGGGUACUAGUCCAGUUGCUCUAGUUUUCCAUUUAUAUAUUUUUACCUAUUAGCACCCAUUUAAAAGGAUAUUUUUUCAGUCUCGCUGAUCACCAAACAGCCCAAAUACAUCGCCAUUAUCCUGCCUUUGUCAUUCCUGGUUCGUGUCUUGUCUAGAAUAAAAUCAAUUUCCAGAUGGGGGGAAAAAAUGCCAGGGUUUUUGGGAGCUAUUGUACUUUCCAUCUUUUAGAUAUGAUGGCAGGGAGCCUUUUAUUUCCAUCCAGAGAGAAGCGGUCCACCACACAGCUCGUCUCCAGGACUGCAAGCUCCCUCCAGCCCAGUUACUGUCCCCAUCUGUUCCCACUGUAACACCUUUUAAAGAUUAUCUCUAGGACAUGUGUUUUAAGUAAAAAAGUAUUUCCACUCAACCUUUUUUUUGUUUUAUUUGUUUGUUUGUUUUUCAUUUUUGAUGAAUCAGUCCUUUGGCCGUUUUUUAAACAAAUCCUUUUUGUGAGCACACUCUGAAAACGCCUUGACGCUGGACUGUGGAGAGGAUGUACGAGGUUAUCCUUCUGAGUGGAAAUACAAUUUGAAGUUCAGAGCACCAAGACAGUGUAACUGUUUAGAAGUUUGUUUUCUUUAUUUGCAGAAACCUCAUAUACAACAUUGUGUGACUGUAAGUUUGUUUCUAGUGUACUAUCUUGUCACCAUGCCCUUUUUUCUGUACAUAGUUUUUUCAAUACUUGUAAUUGAAGAAAAAGAAAACGCUUUUUCUUUGUAAUUGUGAGUCAAUGUGACAUUUUUGGUGCAUACUCUUUUGACACCAGUAUGUAAGUACAUACAAAUACAUUUUUUUAAAUAAUCAGAA